AGCUGGGCUACUACUACCAGAAGAAAGGGUGGAAAGUGUGCCUGAUUUGUGCAGACACGUUUCGAGCGGGUGCCUUCGACCAGCUCAAACAGAAUUGCACCAAAGCACGCAUUCCGUUCUACGGAAGUUAUACCGAGACUGACCCCGUGGUCAUUGCCGCCGAGGGUGUGCAGAAGUUUAAGGAGGAGAAAUUCGAGAUUAUUAUAGUAGAUACGAGUGGAAGGCAUAAACAAGAAGCAGGGCUUUUCGAAGAGAUGUUACAGGUUGACCAGGCUGUACACCCGGAUAAUAUCGUGUUUGUGAUGGACGCAAGUAUUGGACAGGCAGCCGAGUUACAGGCGGCGGCAUUCAAGGGACAGGUGGAUGUGGGGUCUGUGAUCAUCACAAAGUUAGAUGGUCACGCGAAGGGUGGGGGUGCCCUCUCGGCCGUAGCGGCGACUAAGUCUCCCAUCAUAUUCAUGGGUACGGGUGAGCAUCUGGAUGAUUUUGAGCCGUUCUCGGCUCAGCCGUUUGUCAGUAAGCUGCUGGGUAUGGGCGAUCUGGGCGGGCUCAUGGAGGUGGUCAAGGAUCUGGAUCUCGAGAAAAAUACCGGCCUUAUGGAAAGG